CGCAUUUUCCAAAAAUCAACGUCAUGCACCUGGCCAAAAUGGAACCGUUCACGGGAUAUACUCCUUUCCUAGUUUUGUUUGAUUUCCUUGAAAUGUUUCAUUCAUUAAAACACAACAAAGAGAGAGUGAACUGAUAUCAACUCAAUUAUUUUUUACUCUAAAUGGUAUUUUUGGUACCAGAAACUAUGAAAAUUAUGAGUUCUUCCUCCAGUUUAAUUCACAAUAACCCAUUUAUUUAUAAGUCACCCACGAAAUUAUUCACUUCUUUAAUCAAGAAAAAUGAUGCCUUUUCCAUCAAUUUCCCAUUUUUCCACAAUACCCAUCAUCCUUUUCAGGUGGGUACCGUGAGAGUGACUAGAUCACCUGGUCUAACAUUAGAAAACAUUAAAAUGCCUUCACCUGAUGAUGAAAUCCCUUUUUGGGAAAGUAGCAUUACUACAUCUGACGUGACUAUAGAAGCUCCUCUUAGUGUGGACAAGGACUCAGAUCUUAUGCAUGUAAUCCAUGUUACGGCUGAAAUGGCACCCAUAGCUAAAGUGGGAGGUCUAGGAGAUGUGGUAACUGGACUUGCUCGUGCAUGUUUGUCACGCGGUCAUACUGUGGAUAUUAUGCUUCCAUUCUAUGAGUGUCUCCCAAAGCAGCAGAUGACUGAAUUUAACUUAAUCUGCACAUAUGAUUCGUACCAUGAUGGCAAAUGGGUUCAAACAAAUGCAUAUCGUGCUGUAGCUUCAGGUAUCCCUGUCAUUUUAAUUGAACCAGCCAAUCAAUUCUUUAAAGGCCAAAGAAUAUACGGAGGUUCAUAUGAUGAGCUGGAGGCAUAUUUGUUUUUCUGUCGUGCCUGCCUUGAGUACAUGCAGGUGACUGGUACACAACCAGAUAUAAUCCAUGUACAUGAAUGGCAGACAAGUGCACUAUCCUUGUUUUAUUGGGAUAUGUAUCAUCUCCUUUCACUCAAGAAACCAAGAAUAGUAUUGACAAUCCACAACAUGGAGCAUUAUGGAGAAUGUCGUAAAGAGCAAUUUGGGAAGUCCGGUCUUGAUGGAGAUGUUUAUGCUACUACUGACAAGGCGGUGGAUGACAGAACUAUUGGACACAAUCCAGAGAGGUUGAGCUUACUCAAAGGGGGUAUUGUAUACAGCAAUGCAGUUGUUACAGUCUCACCAUCCUAUCUGAAGGAAACACUCGGCUCCGGUUGGCUUUCAAGUAUUCUGAUCAAAUAUCGGGACAAGUACAAUGGUGUUUUAAAUGGCAUAGAUACUUCCUUGUGGAACCCUGCCACUGAUCCUUUCCUACCAGCUAAGUUUGAUGCACAAAGUCUUGCUGGGAAGAUCAUAUGCAAAGAGUACGUCCAAAGAGGACUUGGGUUGCCCAUUAAAUCUGUUGGAUCUGGUACUCAUGUGAAAGGAAAGGUACCAUUGGUUGUCUGCAUCACACGUUUGGUUGCUCAGAAAGGUCUUCAUUUGAUCCGCCAUGCUAUUAAACAUGUUGAAGAACUAGGUGGACAGAUGGUUGUGCUGGGAAGAGCUUCAAACGGUCAAGUGGAAAAGGAAUUUGAAAGCCUUGCGACUUUGCAUAACCAAGGUUCUAGCAUUCGGAUCCUUCUGAUUUAUAGUGAGGAGUUGUCACAUAUGCUCUAUGCAGCUGCAGAUAUGGUCUUAGUUCCUUCCAUAUACGAGCCCUGUGGCCUUGCUCAGAUGAUUGGUAUGCGCUAUGGAGCGGUUCCCAUUGUGAGGAGGACAGGUGGUCUUGCAGAUACGGUAUUUGAUAUGGAUGACAAGUCUAAACAUGAGGUGUCAAAUGGGUUUGUGUUUGAAGGGAUUGAUGAAAAGUCAUUGAGUUCAGCUAUGGAUCGUGCAUUUACAUUCUAUUCAGAUAAGCCAGAUGAAUGGCAAAAGCUUGUAAUGAAGAUUAUGCAAAUCGACAACAGUUGGAAUAAUGCAGCUGGAAAAUACAUAUCUAUCUACAACUCAGUGAGGUCACAUUGAUGGUGUCAGUGACAACUUCACAAGAGUUCAUGCCCGGUGAUGAUCCUUAUUUAAGAAACAAUGGACGGUUAUCAAAGGUUUCGACAUCAAACAUUUUUUUUUUUUUUUUACUUCUAUUUGUACUAGUUGUGGGAGCACCCGCAACGCGGGCGACCCCCAAUUUUGUGAAAUUUAACGGAAUUAUAGAAUGUGUAAUUUUUUAUCAUUAGAGCGGCAUUUAAUUUAUACAUAUGUCUAAUGAAGUUAGGUGAUAAACUUCAAAAAAAAAAAGUUAAGUGAUAAACUUUUAACAUAAUAGUGUUGGUGUUUUUAACAUAAACUUUUAACAUAA